UCCUCUCUUGUUUCCAUCCGUUUGAGGCUGAGCUAGGUCAUACGCACCCUCGCUACUCUAAACCCCACGCAAACACGCUUCACGUAUCUGCUGAAGGACGAACAAGGGAGAGAAAGAAAAACUUGCUCUCGUAGGGUUUGGGAAGCAGAAGAUUCAAGAGAAGAAGGGACAUCUUAGCACUUCACUUCAUUGAGCGACGUGCUGGUGAAUGGCCAUCAGCCAGCGACGGGAAGAGCGUUAGGACUUGUAAUUCGUAACUUGCUACUGCUCAAUAGAACCUCCGAAGAAAAUCAAUGGCUUACAGACGCUGCCUCUUGACAAGAGGGAACCUCAUAAACCGGAGCUGCCACCCGUCUUUCAGCUACGUGCUCCACAGCAAUGAAGGGAAGCAGCAAGAUGAGAAACCGUCCCCGACGAACGUUGGCAACUUCAUUCAAACGAGGUCUUUUGGGAACUACCUUAAUGGAUCAACAGGGUUUCUCGCGGCGGCGGCGUCACCGUACGCUGGGUACAAUCUCUGCCGGUACAUGUCGACGGUGAAUCAGGGUUCGAACGAGAUUGGUGUAAUGAGUGAUGUGGCGGAUGUUCUCACUGAUGCGACCGUGGAGGGUGUAGCUUCUCAGGCUCCUGUUGCCAGUGAAGUUGCCAUUGCUGCUGCUGAUUCUUUUUUGCCUGUACAAAUCUUGCAGUAUGUGAUAGAUGCUGUGCAUUCCUACACUGGCUUAAACUGGUGGGCAGCCAUAGUUCUAACAACUCUUGUGAUUCGAAGUGCGACUGCUCCCCUCUUAAUAAAUCAACUUAAGGCCACUUCUAAGCUUACAAUAAUGAGACCACACUUGGAAGAGAUAAAACAACAGAUGGAAGGGAAGACUGGGGAUCCAGAGGCUAUUGCUGAAGGUCAGAAGCAGAUGCAAAAGCUAUUCAAGAAAUAUGGUGUGAGUCCAUUUACGCCAUUGAAGGGAAUCUUUAUUUCAGGUCCUAUCUUUAUUAGUUUUUUUCUUGCGAUAUCAAACAUGGCUGAGAAAAUGCCAUCGUUCAAGCAUGGUGGAGCUUCCUGGUUUACUGAUCUCACAACUCCAGAUACCUUAUACAUUUUGCCGGCUUUAACUGCGUUGUCAUUCUUAGUAACAGUAGAGUGUAAUAUGCAAGAAGGAAUGGAAGGAAAUCCUGUGGCUAGCACCAUGAAAAAUGUCUCUAGGGGUAUUGCUGUUCUUACCGUUCCUCUCACCAUGGGAUUUCCAAAGGCUAUAUUUUGUUACUGGAUUACGUCAAAUUUGUUUUCAUUGAGUUAUGGACUUGUGCUUAAAGCUCCUGGUGUAAAGAAAGCUUUGGGUGUUCCUGAAAUUCCUGCUGCAUCACCGACCAGUCCUCCACAAUCUCCCUUUUCUAUAUUUCCAGCACUAAAAAAAGCUACAACAGCGACAAAUGUGGCGAGCUCAGUGCCAGUUGAAUCAUCAGCUGAAGUUGAAUCAUCAAAAUCUUCAAAUAAAAAGAUUUCUUCUUCUUCUGUUAUCAGUCAAAGGCUUAGAAGUUUAGAGAAACAAGUGAAAGGAAGAAAGAAAAGUAAGAAGUAAGGAAAAUUUACUCAUUCCUUCAUUAUGCCAGCUAAACAUAUGGAGCAGGUGUGUUCAGAUUUUUGUUAUAUUAAAUUAUCCUUGGAUGAUGCGAGAAUUAGGAGUUCAUUCAAGAGCCAAGAGGCAAUAAUUUUUGUUUGAAGGAUUUAUGAAUCUAUGAUUGCUAGUAAUUUUGCUGCGGAAGUUAAAACUUAGGCUUAAUAUGUAGUUUACACCCUAUUCAUGGGGUUUUAAUGUCCUUUGUAAUCUCAUUUGUUCUUUUGAUAUUUCACAUUUCAUUUUAAUAGAGUUGAAUAAUAAGAAGAAGCUGAGAAAAGGUGGUGAAA